AAAGGGUGCUCCCUCCAGUCCAGGGCAGGCUUGAGGCAUGGAGACUGAACUGCUCCCUCACCCCCUAAGAGAAAGGGGGCUCCCUCCAGUCCAGGGCAGGAAUCUACUGCUUGUUUUAUCCAUGUUCUCUCUACCAAACCCAAUACCAACAAACAUUACUUAACACAAUGAAAACCAAAGAAACAAACAUGGUCUGUAGCUCAUUUAUGAGGUUGCUCAUCUGUCUCGCGAACGCCCGUUUACCGUUUAGUCUGUGGUUGGCCUCUCACGUAGAGGAGUGACGUCACGGAGGCAUAUAUGAACGUUUGGGCAGGAGCCCGAGUCAGUCAGUUACAGGUCUGUCAGAAGACGAGCUGUUUUCAUUUCCACACCGUAUCACCUGUCUGACUCAAAAGAACAAGAAUGCCAAGUCCAGCACAGCCACCAAACACGCGGUUAAAUUAAGCUGUGUAGAAAACUACGGGGGGUCCUGACACAACAGAUAACGAACAUUUCGCAAUUCCACAAAGGAAAAGAAAGGUACGCUAAUAAUAUUGAUUUACUUAGAUUUGACAGCAUAAAUAACCUUUGCAGGUGGAAAAAAAACCACGAAGAGACAAGAUUUCUCCUAAAUCUGAAAGCCCUCUUCAGCACCACCGCUCGGUAAACAGCUCCAAUAAACUUCACGCCAGAUCGCCCCCCUGCCGCGGAGACCCGACCAUCUUUCUCAGUGUAAAGGAGAUUGUCGCUGAGGAGUAAAGGCGAAGCAGCUGAGACUACAGGCAGCGCACACUCGGAACAGAAAGAGACGCAAGAGUCUGAUAAUGAACUCCCAGAAUCAGACCCGUCGCGUGUUUAAGGAAUGAAGAUUAGUUGGAAAUUGAUGACCACAAAAGACCCAGUUGAAAAACUGAAUUGCUUACAGCCAAGAUGGACAUGGUUUCGACAGAAUCCUUCAGCUUUCAUAAGUACGCCAACUCAUCCUUCGAGUGCUGUGUGAACCAGAGCUCAUGUAGCCAAUGGCAGCAGUAUGAGGAGAGGGAAGACAAGGGCUCGCUGGCUCUGAGAAUCAGCAUCUCAGUAGUCUACUCCUUGGUCUGUGCCGUGGGCCUGGUUGGGAACGUACUCGUUCUACACCUACUGCGAACCGGCAAACACACCCAAAAAUCCAGCAUCAACUUGUUCGUGUUCAAUCUGGCUGUAACAGAUUUCCAGUUUGUGUUGGUCCUGCCUUUCUGGGCCGUGGAAAUGGCUCUGGACUUCAGCUGGCCCUUUGGUCUGGCCAUGUGUAAAAUCAUUCCUUCCCUUACUGUGCUCAACGCUUACACCAGUGUGUUCUUCCUCACCGCAAUGAGCGUGACCCGUUACUGCUCCGUGGCCACGGCUCUCAAACCACCAGCCCACAUCCAGAGGCUCUGCACAGCCCGCUGGAUAAGCUCCCUCAUCUGGCUCGUGGCUUGCCUGGCCACUGUGCCCACCGCCGUCUUCACCACCCUCGACUCGGUGGGGGACGACCAGGCCUGCUUACUGCGACUGCCCAGGAAUGGAUUCUGGCUCGCCAUAUAUCACCUUCAGAAAAUCGUUCUGGGGUUCCUCAUUCCCUUAGCCAUCAUUUUAAUCUGUUACCUCCUCCUGCUUCGCUUCCUGAAACAGCAGCAUCUCAAUUACAUCCACCCAGAAAGGCAAAAUAAAGUGACCAAGUCGGUGAUGAUCGUGGUCCUCUCCUUCUUCAUCUGCUGGCUCCCGAACCACGUCAUCACGUUCUGGGGGGUCCUGGUCAAGCUGCUGGAGGUGGACGACACUGCUUACAACAUCGUCCACGAGUACGUCUUCCCUGUCACUAUCUGCCUUGCCCACACCAACAGCUGCCUCAAUCCGCUCAUCUACUGCCUGAUGAGGAAGGAGUUCAGGAAGGCGCUGAAGACCCUGUUCUGGAGGCUCUCGGCUUUCCCUUUCUCCAAUUCCUGCCUGGUGUCUGUGGGCUUCAGUGUGGAGUCCGAAGGGGCCCAGGUAGCCAUCCCUCUGAACCCAAUGGAAAGCCACAGCCAGCAGGCAUUUCAGUCCUACACGAAGAGGUCUCUCUUGCCUUCAUCGACAGCCACUGCUGUGCACAAGAACACAACCCCUGUCAUUGUUUGUUAGAACAGCCGUGUAUUUUAUCAUCCAGAGAUGGUAAAAGCAGUUGUAGCUCACAGAAUAAUUCCAUAAAUGUGAUCUGAAAUGUGCAGUUUUGAAAGAAACGCAAGUCCUAACAAACAUGAUAUUUUCAUCUUAAAACAGGUAUCUGGUACUACACGAAGUUCUCAGUUUGUUUGCCUUGCCUUCUGGGAGGUCUUUACUGCUUUGCUUUCUGGGUCAUGUUGCUGGCUGAAAGCAUGUCAGUCAAUAGGGAAAACAGCUGGCUGGUUAUUGACAGGAAAGAAGCCAGUGACGGGGUGGGGACAAUGUCACUCUCCAGAUGACCCAGGAAGUGCAAGAGAGUCUAAAAGCAUCGCUGGCAAACAGAGAUUUCUUUAAGCUAGUGUAGUACCAGAUAUCAAGUUUUAUAAUGAAAAUACACGUCAUGUAAAACAUGUGUUUCUUUCAAAACUGCACAUUUGAGACCUAUAUAAUUAGGGGUCUACUUAAAUCACAGAGAAUGUACAUAUUUUUCCCUGGUAGAUAAUGUAAUAAAAUUAGGAUUUUGUGGACAUUUGGCGGAUCUGUUUAAAUAUGAAAUAAACCUAAGUAGAUAAUAUUUCAGAGCACUAUAAAGCCUAAAAUAGUGAUACUUGCUUCCUUACUAAAACAGAGUGCUGUCAUUUGUUGAAGACAAGUUGUUGCCGACAUUCUCUGUCUCUGUGGUGUGAAGACUUUCCCAUACAUUGAGACUGCACGUUCUGCAUCCACUGAAUUGGUUGGAACUGCAGUGGAGUUGUAGUCUGAAAUAUGGCAUUGUGUGCCUGAUUCUAGAUGUGAUCCAGAGGAAAAAUAUAUAUAUAUUUUCAUCGCUUUCCCAAAGAAGCAAAGAUGAGAAAAGAGUGGGUGCAGAAAAUAAGAAGAGACAUCGGUCCUAAUGUUCAGUUAAACAACAAGACUCCUCCAGUUCAGCGAUGUAUCUUCACAUAACAAUAUGAGAAGCCUAGCCUUGUUCUUGUGGCAGGACACUGUGUAGUUUAACAAAGUAUUUAUAAAUGGGUAAUGUUUUAUAAAUAAAUCCAAAUACAUAAUGUAUAAACAGUAAAUUAUACUUUGUAAAUGAUAUAGUGUGUGUAACCCUGUAGUGUAAUAAUCCCACAUCUUUAGGAAACACUCCUAUUCAGAAUACUGAUGAUCUUAUUACAAAUAUGCUAUACUUAUUAGCACUUAUUUGGAAUACUGAGUAUUCUGAAUAAUAAUAUAUUAGCCUGUACGUAAAUGUACUGUUUGUGGUAUCUGGUGGUUACAUAUGAAUCAUGAACACAUUUAAUAUGAAUUCAGCAUAACUGCACAAGAUUCAAAACACAGGUAACUUUAUACAUAAUCAAAUAUGACAUUCAACACAUUGUAAAACGCUGAUUAACAUUCAUAGUUAUGAAAAAUAACACUUAAAACUUUUAAAAGUUAUUGGAAAACAUUCGUGGGACACCCUGUAUAUGGUGCGUCUACUGGUGUCACA